AUGGAAUCUCCUGUUGAGGACACAGUGGUCUCAUCUGCCGAGAACACUGAGAAAUCCGUAGCGAUGAGUUUCAUGCAAGGGGUUAAAGACACCGUUUCAUCAGCUGCCGAUCAACUCGGCAACGUUUUGGAACAAGCUGAACACAAAGCUGAAGAGAGCGCAAAAUGGGUGGCCGAUACGGCUAAAGGUGCUUAUGACGUGACAGCUGAGAAGACUUCGGAGAACGCUUCUUGGAUGGCAGAUACCGCUAAAGGAGCGUAUGAUACCAUUGCGGAAAAGACAUCAGAGAUGGCGAAUGCUGUAAAUGCGAAAACGUCUAGCGCGGUAAGCGCUAUUGGUGGAGUGCUGAGUGAGACGAAGGACGCGGCUGGUGAUGCGGUUGAAGCUGCUAAAGAACAUACCUCUAUUGCUCUUCACAGUGUUAGUGAAUUCGUUUACGGUGAGAAAGAUAAGGAUAUGACUGAUGCCGCUAAGGAGGCUGAAGAAAAAGUAGAAAAAGUAGAGGCUGGAGUAGUAGAAGCACUACAGCAUGGCGCUGAUGAAGCCGAAAAAAUCGGAAAUGAAGCUAAGUCCACUGGGUCCGGAGUGUUCGACUCGGUGCGGGAGGCAGCUUCCGGUGUGGCGGAUAAAGUCGUUCAAGGCGCCGAUUCGGCCACUGCAGCUGUUGAAGAUGCUUUCAGUAGCGUUAAAGACAAAAGCGCAUCCGCUUAUGAUAAGACCAAAGAAAUCGUGACCGAUGUUUCAAUGGUUGCUCAGGAAAAGGCAAGAGCACUGGGCGAAGAGCUAAAUAAAGGUGUAGAGUGGAUUACCGAAGCUGCCAAGGACGCUUACAACACAUCCCAUGAGAAAACAUCGGAGGGUGCAAACCAGAUUACCGAAGCGGUCAAGGAUGCUUACAACACAUCUCAAGAAAAGAUGUCCGAGGGUGUCGAUUUGGUUACCGGAGCGGCCAAGGACGCCUACGACACAUCUCAUGAGAAAGUAUCGGAGGUUGCGAACUGGGUUACUGGAUCCGCCAAAGACACCUAUGAGACAUGUCAUCAAAAGGCAGCAGAGCUGAGUCAAUCUGCUGAAGAAGUGUUUACCGAUACCAGUACCUACCUUGAAGGCCAAGCUAAAGAUAUGAAGGAGAACGUUGAAAAGGUCACUUCUAGUACACAUGGAUUUGUAAGUGACUGUGUUUCUGAUGCGAAAGAGAAGGCACAAAAUCUUCAAGAGGGCGUCGGUAAGAUUGUGUCUGAAGCAGCUAGCUCAGUUAAGCACGCGGUUGGAGAGGGGCAAGAUAAGGUCACUAGCGAUGUUGUAACUAACGCAGAGAAGAAGGCACAUGAUGGAAAACACAGUUUUGAAGAGUUCGUAUCAUCCACUUACGACAAGCUUCACGAAAAAUUUUCUGAAAUGAAGGAGAAGGCCGGAGAGGUCGAAAGUGAAGCUGAUAAGUCCUUGUCAUCUGCAAGCGCGUCCAUCAAAAACGCAUUUACCGAAGGGAAACAUAAAGCCGAUGAUGUGAAGGACGAAGCGAACAAGGGUGUCUCUUCAGCUUUCUACGAUGUUAAGGACAAAGUGUGCGAAUUCACGGAGGACGCUAAAGGUGAACUUAAGAAGGUUGGUGCUGCUGUUGCCGAGAAGUUACACCAUGUCGAAGACAAGUGUAAGGAAUCCGUUCACGUUGGAGCUGAGAAGGAAACUGCAUCAUCUGCUGAGCUGGAGUAUCCACCACCACCGGCACCAUCACCUUUACCAUGUUCUGAGGCAGAAGAACAAGCUAAAGUUGGUAACGAUUUCUAUAGUAAAGUGGACACUUUGGUUCAGUCAACUCGAGAAUCAUUCGACACGGCUGCUGCGUACAGUGAAGUGGUCGCCGAAAAGGCCGCCGAAGCUUUGCACGCGGCUGAGGAAACCGCGGCGAAGGCUUUCGAGCAAGCCAAAGAGAAGGCAAGCGAACUAUCGGCGACGGCCGCCGAAAAGGCAAAGGCUGCUGAGAAAUCUGUUCAAGAAGCAACUUCAGCUGCUGCACACAAAGUUCAUGAGAUUGAGGACAAUUUUUCACUUAGUGUUAAAGAAAGCUGUGCCUUAAAUGCGCCACAUGAGUUAAAUCAGUAUCAAUUUCAUAGCGUUGUCGUUCAAUACAAGUCAGCCGAAGGAUUAGCGUCAUCUGCCUAUGCCGGAGCGAAGUCGAUAAUGUGUGACGCAACGGAGGCCAUUCAAGAACGUGCUCACCACAUAGUCGAAGACGUCAAGCAUGCCAUUACAACUGAUAGCGAAAAAGUACCAGGGACAUCGGCUGGCGCUAAAGUGGAGGGAGCCGUUGAAGAAGUGAGAGAAGGCGCCGAAGUCAGUUCACUCAACAUGUCAAGGUUAUUUGGUUCAAUGUUAUUUGGCAACAAGAAGAAAAAAGAAAAACAAGCUAAAAAAAGGUGGAUUAAAAAACUUAUGUGUUCAGAAAAACAGAGUAGUGCAGAAAGCCUUGGAAAGAAAGUUGGUUCAUUGCCAAAUAUGGCAGCGCCUUUGAUGAUCAAGAAGGAUUUCAUACCAAAUGCAUAUCAUGAAGAUGUGGUUGACGAAGCCUUAGGUCAACAGAAAAAGGUUUUCAAAAUAAUCGUGCUGUUUUCUUUUUACAUUCGGGGUUUCACAGUUCACCGUUUGUUGUCGGCCAACCAUAAACAGUAUUCCAGCCAAUACGAGUACUUGCAAAAGAAUUUGCUGCGAAUAAAAAGAUCAAACCAGCCGAUUUCACUACAGAAGCGUACGAGAAAAAUGAUGCUAAAAAUCGGUAUAGUAUGA